GGGUGUGGGCAGGGCUCCCUGCCGUCGGCGGCGCUCUCCUCACACACGGUGGGAUAGCGCUGGGACAGCGCCGGAGGCACGGCCCGGGCGGCGGGCGGGCGGGCGGACGCCGGGCGACCGGCCCGGCGAUCGCCUCGGGCAGCCUGGCAAGGACCCCGGAGCCUGAGGAGCCCAGUGCCCUGGCUGUGGCAGCCCCGCGCGCGAGAUGAAGCCCAGGCCCGCGAGGUUCGUGGACAGCAGGCUGAAGCAGCGAGUCGUGCAGUACCUCACCAGUAACAGAUGUGGCAAAUAUGUGGACACUGGAGUCUUAGCAUCUGAUUUACAAAGAAUGUACAGUAUAGACUAUGGUCGAAGAAAAAGAAAUGCUUUUAGGAUUCAGGUAGAAAAAGUAUUUAGCGUAAUUACUAGUGAGAAAGAACCUAAGGAUUUAACAGAAUUAGAAGAUGAACAUCUGGCCAAAAGAGCAAGACAAGGUGAAGAGGAUAACGAGUAUACUGAAAGCUCUUCAGAUAAUGAUUCAAAUAUGGAAGAUUACCCAGAUCCGCAGGCAGCAAAUCACAUGAACAGCUCCCUGCUCUCCUUAUAUCGGAAAGGACAUCCUGAUUCUGUUUCAAGGACUCCUGAGAUGGAGCACAGAGAAGCCACCGUCUCAGCCCCACGGACACCUUCUGGAACAGACUCCAUCCCUUCAAAGACCCCUGCCAGGGGUUCUGAGGGAGGGUGGUUUAUUGACAGAACUCCCAGUGGAAAGAUGGACCUGGCAGAUGAGAAGAGUAAUCAUAAGAAGCCAGGAUCUGAGAGAGAGGAUUCCAAAGACUCUUCUCUACUGGAGAGUAAUGGAAAAAGGAAAGGCAGGAUGAAGCGCAAAGGAAGCAAAAGGAAGAAAGACGUUCAGGAAGUAGAUGGAGAAAUAGAAGCCGUCCUGCAGAGGAAAGUUAAAGCCAAGGGGCUGGAAUUACAGAUCUCCAAGGUGAAGUUCGAAGAUGUUGGAGGCAAUGAUACGACAUUAAAAGAAGUCUGCAAGAUGCUCAUCCACAUGCGUCACCCGGAGGUGUACCACCACCUGGGCGCCACCCCGCCACGUGGGGUUCUCCUUCAUGGGCCUCCAGGCUGCGGGAAGACCUUGCUCGCACAUGCCAUUGCAGGGGAACUGGACCUCCCAAUUCUGAAAGUAGCCGCCACGGAGAUUGUAUCUGGAGUGUCUGGGGAGUCUGAACAGAAGCUGAGAGAAUUGUUUGAGCAGGCAGUGUCAAAUGCACCCUGUGUCUUCUUUAUUGAUGAAAUCGAUGCCAUUACCCCCAAAAGAGAAGUUGCUUCAAAAGAUAUGGAACGAAGGAUUGUGGCCCAGCUCCUAACCUGCAUGGACGAUCUGAAUACCAUGGCUGCCACAGCUCAGGUCCUAGUUAUUGGAGCCACUAACCGCCCGGACUCAUUAGACCCUGCUUUGAGACGUGCAGGAAGGUUCGACCGAGAAAUAUGCCUGGGUAUCCCGGAUGAAGCAUCCAGGGAAAGAAUACUUCGAACUUUGUGUAGAAAACUAAGACUUCCGGAAACUUUUCAUUUUCGUCACUUAGCGCACCUCACGCCAGGCUUCGUUGGCGCUGACCUGAUGGCGCUCUGCCGAGAGGCAGCCAUGUGUGCAGUCAGUAGGGUCCUGAUGAAGGUGCCAGAGCCGCAGGCCGACCUUGAGAUGGAAGCUUUGCUGCCUGGAGGAAGCCGGGGAUGUGGGAUUGGAACCAAGCCCUCUUCUGCAGCACAGGAUGAAUUGCAGAGGCUGCUGGCAUUGCUGCAAAACCAGGAUCCUCUCUCAGAGGAGCGGCUGCAAGGGCUGCGCAUUGAACUGAAUGACUUCACUGUUGCUCUGUCCUCCGUCCAGCCCUCAGCCAAAAGGGAGGGCUUUGUCACUGUCCCCAAUGUGACUUGGGCAGAUAUCGGUGCCCUGGAAGAUGUCAGAGAGGAGCUCACCAUGGCCAUCCUGGCACCGGUACGUAACCCCGAUCAGUUCAGAGCCCUUGGAUUGGUGACCCCAGCUGGAGUCCUCCUGGCGGGCCCACCCGGCUGCGGGAAGACACUGCUGGCCAAGGCUGUUGCAAAUGAGUCUGGACUGAACUUUAUAUCUGUCAAGGGCCCUGAAUUGCUAAAUAUGUAUGUUGGUGAGAGCGAACGUGCAGUACGACAAGUGUUCCAGCGAGCCAAGAACUCUGCGCCCUGUGUCAUAUUCUUCGAUGAAGUGGAUGCCCUGUGCCCUCGAAGGUCAGACCGAGAGACGGGGGCAAGUGUGCGGGUGGUGAAUCAGCUGCUCACCGAGAUGGAUGGGCUGGAGGCACGGCAGCAGGUUUUUAUCAUGGCGGCCACCAACCGGCCAGAUAUCAUUGACCCUGCGAUCCUGCGCCCAGGCCGCCUGGACAAAACACUUUUUGUGGGUUUGCCGCCCCCAGCAGAUCGUCUGGCCAUCCUGAAAACCAUCACCAAAAAUGGCACCAAACCCCCGCUGGCCGCAGAUGUCAGUUUGGAAGCCCUUGCUGGGGACCUUCGCUGUGACUGCUAUUCGGGUGCAGACCUCUCUGCUUUGGUACGAGAAGCUUCUGUCUGUGCCCUGAGACAGGAGAUGUCAGGACCGAAGAGCGGGAGCGAGAAAGGUGAGCUCCAGGUCAGUCAGAAGCACUUCGAAGAAGCUUUCAAGAAAGUAAAAUCAUCUAUAUCAAAAAAGGACCAGGUAAUGUACGAAGCCCUGCAGAGGUCCCUCAGCCGGUGACUCCACUUCCGACCUGACACUGUGUACGUGUGUUCUUCUCAGAGUGACGCGGCCCGUUCCAAGCUGAAGAUGCUUCCCAUCUGCCACCCGUGCGUGGGAACACCCUCCCCUCUCUUUAUGUAAAACAUGUUUAACUGUUGAAAUAAAAUCACUGAUAACUUUUUUAA